CUCAGCAAUGGAGCCUUUCUGACCUCGGACGAUGAAACGUCGGAAGAGUUUCGGCCAGAUUCGGCGGAAAUCCCGCGUCGCUCCUUCCACCAGGUGAUUAAACUUCCAGGCCGCCAGUGGAAGGCAGUUGUUUCCCGUGGCGGCAACCCAGGACAUCGCGUCUCAAGAUUCGUCUACGUUUAGUGACAUUGUUCAGUUCGAAGAGGAAAGGAUGUUGAGUGGCAGAAUGGACCGAAUACGUCGAUAGAUUGAUCAAUUGUGUCUUGUUUCAGGAAAGGAAUUAUACCCGGAAAUCAAGGACUUGAAAGAAAAAAAUCAUUAACUGGUUUUGUUCCUUAAGAAAUUUACUUCACCUGAAGCUUUAAAUAGAAGAUCCUGUCGCAUUGUGCUUACUACCUCUAUUUUAAUUUUAUAUACGCCUUUGUGGCACAAAGAUAAAGGUUUCGAUGACGUCUUACCAGCAUGAUGCUGUCACCGAGGAUCAGCAAUUGCCCAUUGCCAGGAAUAAAAACCAUCCAGUCAGGAUCAAAUCACUCGUUGCAUUUUGGAUCCUGGGCUUGUGCAAUAACUAUGGCUAUGUUGUGAUGCUCAGUGCCGCAAGUGACAUAAUAAAAAGGAAUUUCGGAAAUGAAACAGAAUCACCGACAACCCCAGAGAGAAAUUGUAACACUAUUUCUACAGGCGCAAUUCUACUUGCGGACAUCAUCCCAUCACUGGCGAUCAAAGUGAUAGCUCCCUUUUUUCCAUUAUGUAUCCAUUACAGGAUGGUUUUAAUUUUACUUUUGUCAGCAUCUGGAUUUGUCCUAGUGGCAGAAGCAACGAAAAUUUGGCUGGCUAUAUUCGGCGUAGUCAACAUAGCUUUAUCAUCAGGACUGGGCGAAGCGACUUUGCUAUCCUACAUGGGACUUUACAAAAGCACAGAUGUCAUAUCAAAUUGGUCAUCUGGCACAGGUGGUGCAGGCUUUUUUGGCUCUUUGACAUACAUGUUGUUGACAAUUCUGUUUUCAGAGGAAAACCGAGCCAAACCCUUGUACAUAUUUCUAAUUGUACCAUGUCUUAUGGGAUUUUCGUUUUGGGUUCUUCUAGACAAACCUGUCUAUAUUAAGGAGCAAGUCGCGGACGGUCAAUCUCAAGAAACGUUCGGCUUGCCUUCUUCCUCAAGCAGUUUGCAAGAAAUGUCCGUACUUCAGCAUUUUAUGAUAAACUUGAAAUCGAUACCACCUCUUUUCAAGUACAUGAUUCCUUUCGGACUUGUUUAUUUAUUUGAGUACUUCAUUAACCAAGGAAUGUUUGAGCUCAUUCAGUUUAACGGGUUCAUCAUUGCUGAAAGAGAUCAAUACGUUAUUUACCAAUUGGCCUACCAAAUUGGAGUUUUCAUCUCAAGGUCAUCCAUCAAAUUGAUUGAGAUUCGAAACAUCUGGCUUCUUGCAGUGCUCCAGGGUAUCAAUGUAAUCAUAUUUACAACUGAUGCGAUAUACAGUUACGUGCCUAACAUUUACAUCACACUUGUUUUAAUUUUGUAUGAAGGAUUUCUUGGAGGAGCCGCUUACGUGAAUACAUUCAAUCGUAUCACUCAUGAGGUAUCCCUAGAGAAGAGGGAGUUUUCAAUGAGCAUCACGUCAUUGGGAGACGCUGCUGGAAUAUCUUUGGCAGGGUAUCUUGCAAUACCAUCCCACAAUGCCAUAUGUUCUCUACCAAAGUAUUGAACAUUUUCCUAAAUCAUUUGUAUUAUUUUUUAACUUAUUUUACAACAUUAAGGUUAACUGUAGUUUUCCUUUGUAUAUUUUGUGAAUUGUACAAAUCAAUAUUAAUGUUUAGGCUAUUAUUUGUAUGUAUAGAUUACUUGUAUCUAUUUUAAUUUACAAUUUUUUUAAAAGAAAUAAACCAAUAUUACUUUUAAGUGUA